AUGCUAUACGAGCUCGAGCCAUCCCGGGAGGUGACGGGAGGGGCGUGGUACACCGACGCUGAAUUCGACGCCGAGUUCAUUUCGGCUUUAAGGCAGCUGUGCCUGACACACAUCGUCAAGCUGGGGGCGGUGGAGGCCGGAGGCGAUACGCUCGAAGGGGUGGUGGAGGCCGUGAGGAGGGCUGGCAGUGGGGGCAGGGAGGACCUGAGAAUGGAAGACUUUAGACAGGUCAUCAGCACUCUUGUCUUUGAUCGAGAGUUGGACGUCUUCAUCAGCACUGGCUCUGGCAAGGACUCCCGCUUCCCCGUGGGAGCAGAGGUGUACCGGCCAUCGAGGUCUCGAGCUCCAGAAUCAUCCGCAUUCACCAACAUACCCUGCGGCGUCUGCCCUGUUAUCAACGAGUGCUCGGAUGGAGGCAUAAUUUCUCCUCAGACGUGCGUCUACUUUCAACAGUACCUCAACUUCUAG